AGAGGCACUCCGGCCCGUGAGGAGGUUACGUGUUCGCGUGUGUGCAGUGAGAGAGAAAACCAGCAAACUGUUCGCGCCGACGGAAGACAUGCUGACGAUGGAAACGGACCUCAAAGGGGGCAGUUUGCACGCGACGAUGCCGCCUCACCACGGCCUCCAGUCGUACGGCGGGCUGGCGCCCAUGCACUCGCUCCAGCACCCGCACCAGAUGCACCCUCAGGCACCCCAGAUGCACCACCACCAUCAGCAGAGCCACGCGCCGCCGCCGACGUCGGCGCCGCAAACCAACAACAACAAUAACAACAAGAACUCGAACAUGGAGCGCGUGAAGAGGCCCAUGAACGCGUUCAUGGUGUGGUCGCGCGGCCAGCGGAGGAAGAUGGCCCAGGAGAACCCGAAGAUGCACAACUCGGAGAUUUCGAAACGGCUGGGGGCGGAGUGGAAGCUCCUCAGCGAAGCAGAAAAGCGGCCCUUCAUCGACGAGGCGAAGCGGCUGCGAGCGGUCCACAUGAAGGAGCACCCGGACUACAAGUACCGGCCGCGGCGGAAGACCAAGACGCUGCUGAAGAAGGACAAGUACCCGCUGGGGGGCGGCGGGCUGCUGCCGUCGGCGGACGCGGCGCGGAGCGCGCCCGCCGUGGUCCAGCAGGGCAACCGGGACAUGUACCAGAUGCCGAACGGGUACAUGCCGAACGGCUACAUGAUGCACGAUCCCAACGUACCCUAUCAGCAGCAGUACGGGGGCGCGAACUACGCCCGCUACGACAUGUCCCAGAUGCAGUACAUGAACGGGGGAUACGCGUACGGGGCCACCGUUCCCAAUAGCGCCGGCUCGCCCUACGGGAUGCAGCAGACCUCCUCGCACAGCCCAUCCGGGAGUAGCAUAAAAUCGGAGCCGGUGUCGCCCAGCUCGGGCCUGCACACGCCGACGCCGGGGGGCAUCAAGAGGGAGUACCAGCAGCAGCAACAGGGCGACUUGCGCCAAAUGAUCUCCAUGUACCUGCCGACGGACGGGGCGCAGCACAUGCAGCAAUACAGUGCCUCGCCGGACCCGCUGGGCCCCGGGCCCUUGGCGCCCUUAGCGCACAUGUGAGAGCCACUGUUCGGGCCGCCCGAGAUGCUGGACGUGCCACCGCUGUGAAGUGUACAUAUGCAUAGACUUGGUUCCUUGAAUCAGUAUUGUUAAUGUAAGGAGCGCACCCGUUUCAUUUUGCCAAGUAAGUGGUACACAAGUACAAAUUUUCCUUGUUUUUGGCCGGGCGCCCACUCUCGCAAAAUGAAAGCGGCGGCGCUGACGUGGUUUAGUUCACUAUAUCAUCGUGUAAAUAGUCACUAUGACGCGUUUUGUAAUAUAGGUCUUGUUGAGGUCGCUCGCGCGACGGAUUGACGAUGGUUCACUACCAAAAAUUUUGUAAAUAGGGCCCACUUUUCCAACGACGAUCCCAGUGUCUACUUAGCUUUGUUUAUACACUCGGUGAAACUUUUUCCCCCUUUAAGACUACCUUUUUGUUCAGUCGUUGAGUUCUCCUGUUCGUUUUGUUCCGGCGCGCAGAAUUGUUUGUUCAUUCGAAAAAAUUUUAUUAUUGUGAUGUGUGGGGUUGACGACGGACUUUCCGGAAUAUCACAGAUGCUUUGUACAUACUAAUUUUAAGUUACUUUUUGAAUGUACAGUGUGUUUACAAUGAUUAGUCAAUGGAACGAAAUGUGAAUAUAUGAGAUUGACAAGU